UCAAUCCCUUUACAUUCUAUAACCCAAUUGCCCAUUAUUCUGUAAUCUCUGGUUUUGUAUUCAAAGCAUUUAGAAAUGGAUGUGAAUCGAACAUUGGGUGUUAAUUCAGGCAGUGGAAGAAGAGCUGAUCGCUCUGGAAGUGCAAUCAGAAGAAGAGCAACUCAGCGUGUGGUGGAUCUCAAAUUUGAGCCUGAAAUUGAAUGGGUGAACACAGCUGACGCCUCUGUUCUGGUGCUAGAACUCCCAGGUUUUAAAAAGGAAGAUGUAAAAGUAGAUUUUGAUGGUGGAGAACAUUUCACAGUCAGUGGAGAAAACAUUAUUGAGGAUCACGGGUACGUAGGAGGGAUAUCACAACCUAGGCAAAAGAUUUGUUCUAAGUUUAAAAGGGUUUUCCGUAUUCCUACAGAUGUUGAAAAUUCAGGCAUUACUUCUAGAUUUGAAAACGAGACAAUGUACAUUACAUUCAAUAAAUUGAAAGCACCCCCAAUAGUCAAAUCUAUUGAAGUCUUAGAGCAAGUGAGCAAGAGCAUGCCACAAGUUGGUGAAAGUAGUGGAAAAUUUAUAGAAGAAUCAAGUGAGAAAAAGGAUGACAAGGCAUCAAGCAAUAAACUAGACCAAAUUCUAAAAGAUGGGAAUGUUGGAACUCCAAAUGUCCCAAAGUCUAGUACAACUCAAGAUGAAAAAGCAUUAAGUAAUAAAAUGGAUCAAAUUCCAAAGGAUGAGAAGGUUGAAACUCCAACAGUUGUAAAGUCAAGUGCAACUCAGGAUGACAAAGCAUCAAGUAAUAAACUAGAUCAAAGUCCAAGAGAUGAGAAGGUUGAAACUCUAGGAGGGGCAAAGUCUACCACAACUCAAAAUGACAAGGUUUCAAGUAAUAAACUAGAUCAAAGUCCAAGAGAUGAGAAGGUUGAAAAUCUAGGAGGUGCAAAGUCUACCACAACUCAAGAUGACAAAUCAUCAAGUAAUAAAUUAGAUCAAAUUUCAAGAGAUGUGAUGGUUGAAACUCCAGGAGGUGCAAAGUCUACUACAACCCCAGAUGAAAAAGCAUUAAGCAAUAAACUUGAUCAAAGUCUAAGAGAUGAGAUAGUUGAAACUAUAGAUGUUGCAAAGUCUAGUGCAACUCAAGAUGAAAAAGUGUCAAAUAAUAAACCAAAUCAAAUUCCAAGAGAUGAGAAGGUUCAAACUCCAGAAGCUACAAAGUUUAUUUCAGCUCAACCAGAUGAUGAGAAGGUUGGAACUCCAAAAGUUGUAAGCUCUAACACAACUCAAGAAACAAUACAAACAGAGAUACAAUCAGAAGCUUCCAAUAAGCUGGAAGAGUUAGCCAAACACCCAUCAUUAUUGGAUGAAGAGAAACUAUUUGAUUCCAAUACCCUCCCAAAUCAAUUUGAUUCAUUUGAUUCAAAGAGAGAAGAAGCUAAGAUGAAGGUUGGUGAUCAACAUGAACAAAAUUUGGAUAAAAAUCCAAUAGUUGAGAGUACUCCUCAUCAAGAUCAAAAGCAAGAAGAAAAAGUAUCAAGUCCAAAGGCCAAGAAAGCAGGUGAUAGUUUUGAUUGCUCACAAAUGAAAGCGGAUAAAUGGGAGAAAGAGAAGCAAUCUAUUUUGAAAGCUUGUACCUAUGUUUCUCAAUUCAUUUCAUCUAGACGUGAGCCGACGAUUGUAGCUAGCAUUGUUGCUUUCUCUCUUGGCUUGUAUAUCACCUAUAAAUUCACAUAUUCAAAAGAUUAGAUGGUAAUAUAAAUUGUAAGAGCCUUAUAAGGCAUGUCCCUCAACUCCUACCUAGAACCUAUAUUCAUAGGAAGUAUGAAUUUCUCAAUUCAAGUUUAUUCAUGUUCAAUGUAAUAAAUAUGGGUACCACAUAUUCAAUGGCUUACAUGUAAGUCCAUUUACCACUGAGAUGAUAUAUUUUUAAUAAGUAUUUUUUAUAGAAA